GCCGCUGUUUGGUAAUUUGGGUUUAGGGUUCUGAGUUUUCUUCAUUCUUCGCGUUUCACGAUUAAACCUCUGAUCGACGACGUGAAGACUUAUCGGACCGCAGCUGCUUACUCGUCCACAGAGACUUCUCCUCCUAUUUGCGUCUGUAACAUUGUUGCAGCUCAUUGAUUUCUGUAGAAUCUUCUUUAUGUACUGAAACGGAAAAUAAUAGGCAGUGUUCUGGCUCUCUGCCUCUCCGACCUCCUCCAGCUGGAUCAAUGAGUCAACAAGGUUUCGGUCAAUCAUUACCUGGUCAAUUCCGACCCAUGGUACCUACACAACAAGGUCAGUCGUUUGUCCCUGCAUCCUCAGCUUCCCAGCAGUUUCACCCAGUUGGAUCUUCACCCAAUAUAGGGAUGCAACAAAAUCCAAACCAACUACAUCAAAUACCUCCAAGGAAUGCUCAGCCUGCACAGUCAAUGCCUUCAUCACAGGCAAUUCAGAUGCCACAUUUCCAACAAAGUUUCAGUAAUAUGCCUAAUUUGGGUGGUUCUGGGGUGCCACUGUCUUCAUCAUAUACCUAUGCACCGUCUUCCUUUGGUCUACCUCAAAAUACGGUGUCUGCUUCGCCACAAUUCCAACAAUCACAACUGCAUGUACCAGUUGGUUCUGGUGGUGGACAGUCUUGGUUGCCCUCAGGGAAUCAACCUGGACAACAUGUUACUUCUUUACAGCAGAGUGGGCAUCAAGCUAUAGAUUCAAAUGCCUCUGUGCCAGCUGCUAAUCUUCCCGCUGUUACUGACUCACAGUCUUCUGACUGGCAAGAGAUUGUACCCGAAGAUGGAAGAAAGUAUUAUUACAAUAAGAGAACGAGACAAUCAAGUUGGGAGAAGCCAUCAGAAUUGAUGACACCUCUUGAGAGAGCAGAUGCAUCAACUGUAUGGAAGGAAUUCACAAAUGCAGAUGGUAGAAAGUACUUCUAUAACAAGGUUACAAAACAAUCUACUUGGCAAAUUCCGGAGGAACUCAAGAUGGCCCGUGAACAAGCUCUGCAAAUUAGCCAGAAGUCAGAUGUUAGUGUGACUGCUGUUGCACCCCUAAAUGAUAAUGCAUCAGAUCAGACAAGUGCUGCAGCUUCCAGUCCAGUUUCAGUUACACCAGGUGCUGUUGUUAAUGGUGCGGUGGUUUCUGGCUCGUCAGCCUUUCCGAUUGCACAAACGGCUGGUUCAAGUGUAGAUGCUGCUUCAUCUAUACCCAUGACUACUACAACUUCUGCUACGGUUGGGAAUAAUGGGGUUCCAUCUUCUGUUAGCACUAAUACUACUCCAAUAGCUAAUUCGGGAAUUUCGUCUUCUCAUGACGUGUCAAAUUCGUCAAAUGAGGCUUCAAUGCAGGAUAUUGAGGAAGCUAAGAAGGGGAUGGCAGUUGCUGGAAAAAUCAAUGUGACUCCAGUAGAGGAGAAACCAGUUGAGGAUGAACCUUUAGUUUUUGCCAAUAAGCAGGAAGCAAGAAGUGCAUUUAAAGCAUUAUUAGAGUCUGCAAAUGUUGAGUCAAACUGGUCAUGGGAGCAGGCAAUGCGAGCAAUAAUCCAUGACAAAAGAUACAGUGCUUUAAAACCUGGAGAGAGGAAACAAGCUUUCAAUGAGUAUUUGGGCCAACGAAAGAAAUUGGAGGUUGAGGAAAGGCGUAAAAGGAAUGUGAAAGCACGCGAGGAAUUCAGAAAGAUGUUGGAAGAGCGGGAAGAUCUAACAUCAUCAACAAGAUGGAGCAAAGGAACCAUGUUUGAAGAAGAUGAACGGUUCAAAGCUGUUGAGCGGCCAUCAGACCGUGAGGAAAUAUUUAGAAAUUACAUGUUUGAUCUUGAUAAGAAGGAAAAGGAGAAGGCUCAUGAAGAGAGUAGGCAGCAAAUCAUAGAAUACAGGAAAUUUCUGGAAACAUGCGACUUCAUAAAAGUGAAUACACAGUGGAGGAAGAUUUACGAUAAACUAGAAGGUGAUGAAAGAUGUAUACGUUUUGUGCAUCUUGAUAAGAUGAACCGUUUUGAAAUUUUCCAGGAAUAUAUUACUGAUUUGGAAAAGGAAGAAGAGGAGCAGAAGAAGAUAGAGAAGGAUCAACUUAGGCGAAUUGAGAGGAAAAACCGUGAUGCAUUUCGCAAGAUGCUGGAUGACCACAUUGCUGCAGGCAGGCUGACAGCUAAAACUCAUUGGCUUGACUAUUGCUCGCAGGUCAAGGAUAGUGAAGAAUACCAGGCUGUUGCUAAGAAUCUAUCUGGUUCUACCCCAAAAGAUUUAUUCGAAGAUGUUUCGGACGAAUUGGAAGAACAGUAUUAUGAAGACAAAACUCGGGUAAAGAAUGCCUUGAAGCUAGGAAAGGCAAUAAUCACAUCGCAGUCUACCUUUGAAGACUUCAAGCUAGAUGUCGUCGAUGAUAUAGGUUCACCGCCGAUAUCAGACAUCAAUUUCAAGCUUGUAUUUGAGGAUCUGGUUGAAAGGGCCAGAGAGAAGGAGGAGAAAGAAGCUAAAAAGCGUCAGCAUCUUCUUGAAGACUUCACUGAUCUCUUAUCCACUUUCAAGGAAAUUACUGUAUCUUCUGGCUGGGAUGAAAGCAAACAACUUUUUGAGGAAAGCUUUGAAUACAGAUCAAUUGGGGAAGAAAGCUUUGCUAAGGAGAUUUUUGAGGAUUAUAUCUCCCACUUGCAAGAAAAAGCAAAAGAAAGGAAGAGAGAGGAGGAAAAGGCGAAAGAGAAGGAGAAAGAGAGAGAGGAGAAAGAGAAGAGGAAGGAAAAGGAGAGAAAAGAGAAAGACAAAGAAAGAGAGCGUGCUAGAGAGAAAAGCAAGGAAUCUAAGAAAGAAGAUGCAGAAAGUGAAAAUAUAGAAAUUAUCGAUGACUAUGUCCACAAAGAGGAGAAGAGAAGGGAUAAGGACCGAGAUAGGAAGCAUAGGAGAAGGCAUCAUGCAUCUGACGAUCUCGGUUCUGACAAGGACGAGAGAGAGGACUCGAAGAGGUCACGCCGCCAUGAUGGUGGUUCUGACAAGGAGGAGAAAGAGGACUCGAAGAGGUCACGCCGCUAUGAUGGCGGUUCUGACAGAGAUGAGAAAGAGGACUCAAAGAGGUCACGCCGCCAUGAUGGUGGUUCUGACAGGGAGGAGAAAGAGGACUUGAAGAGAUCACGCCGCCAUGAUAUCGGUUCUGACAGAGACGAGAAAGAGGAGUCCAAGAAGUUGCGUCGUAAUGAAUUCGGUUCGGACGUAGAUGAAAAAGAGGAUUCCAAGAAAUUGCGCCGUCAUGAUGUGGGUUCUGACAGGGACGAAAAAGAGGAUUCCAAGAGGUCCCGCCGCCAUGGCAGUGACAGAAAGAAAUCAAGAAGGCAUGCAUACUCACCUGAAUCAGACAGUGAAGGUAAGCACAAAAAACACAAGAAAGAUUAUCGAGAUGGAUCUCGUAGGACCAAUGAAGAGCUGGAGGAUGGGGAGUUAGGUGAAGAUGGUGAAAUCCAUUAAGGAGUAGUAGAAGAGGCUGCUUUAAGGUUAUAAUCAGUGACUGCAUAAACUGUUGUUAAUUUAUUACCAAAGAUAGGUAUAGAUUGCAGAAGAAUUUGCUCUGGUCUUGAUUUGAGACAUAGUUAUUUGUUUGUGUUGUUUGUUCAUUACAGAAUACUUCUUCCUUCUCCAUCUUUCCCCAGAUGAGAAACUGGCUUGCUGAGUAUUAAGACCAAACUCGCAUCACAGGUAUCUCGAUCUUACGAAUUUUGGUAGCAAUGGUGUUUAAAUUGAUUGCCAGAAGAAUCAAAUGAUGUUUAAGAUGCAUUCUUUCA